CCGUGAGGUACUGGUACUUCUAUCAGUGGUCGCGAAGGAACACAACUCAAGUAUGGAUGGUAAAGGAGGCUUGUGACAACCUGAAAAGUCUCUCAAAAACUCCUGAUUUUCACCCCCAAAACUCAUCCAAACUCAACCACCAUGAGCCUCAUGAGGCAGGUAGGACUWCUGGCAGCUGGCUGUCAGCCAUGGAACUUGGAUGUGUGUUCUGCAAGCAGCACAGGAGAAAGAUUUGCCUACUGCGCUACUUUGGCGGUCUACAUUUACGAGCUUGACCAGCAGUUCAACGAGUACAAGCUGAUAAGUAUCAUGUCCGAACACAAGAAAACCAUCACCUCUCUCUGCUGGCACCAUUCUAAUAAUGACAUAUUUGCAACAGCUGGUGCAGAUUGCCGCAUCUGUAUAUGGAAUGUUGCAGAGCAAAAAACAAUAGCCAUUCUCAACAGCGUCAAGGUUAUUCCCACUUGUAUUGGCUGGUGUCCUCAUGAGGAUGAAGUCAUUGCAUAYAUCUACGGACGUGGGCCGUUAUACACUUGGAACCAGUUCUCAGCUGGAGGAGGAACAGUCUCCAAGCUUCUUGACUCCAUUUCCUUUUUCUCUGACAUAUGUCAAUUUCGUUGGAAUAUGAAAAAGUUUGGCAAGAUUGCACUUGGUCAUGCCGAUGGUAGUAUAUCUGUGAUAUCGCCUGGCAACAGGCCAUAUAAACAUUAUUUAAGGCCUGACACUGUAGAUGAUCCUGAUGAUGAGGAUCCAGUUACAGCAAUAGAAUGGGACCCUUUGUCAGUAGAUUAUUUGUUAGUUUCUAAUGCRCGGCAGGGAGUUAGAAUGAUUGACAGUAAUUCUAUGAGUGUUAUUAUGAACUUUAAGCUGUCAAGUCUUGCAGCUAGAAUACAUACUUUAGCGUGGAUUCCAUCAGCUCCAGGCAUGUUCGUUACUGGAGAUACCCAAACAGGUGCACUUCGAGUAUGGAAUGUAUCAAAAUCUUCUCCUAUAGCUAACAUAAAACUUAAAAAGACUGGUUUCCAUGCGCUGACAGUUAUCUCAUCCAUUGGUGAUCACAGCACUUCUAAUGGUCAUGUACAGACAUCUGUGUCGUCAACGUCAGCUGCUUUUACCCCACCAUCAGUACCAACGAUGAACGACUUUGCCCUCCCACCUGCACAGAUAUUAUGUACAUUUCUUGAUGGUGGUGUAGGAUUAUAUGAUCUUGGUAAACGGAAAUGGAAUUUUCUCCGAGAAAUGGGUCAUGUAGAGACAAUAUUUGAUUGUAAAUUUAAACCAGAAGAUCCUGAUCUCCUUGCUACAGCAUCAUUUGAUGGGACCAUUAAAAUAUGGAAUGUCAAUACUAUGGCUGCUGUAGAAACUUCUCCAGGAAAUGAAGGCAUUAUCUAUGCAUUGUCAUGGGCUCCAGGUGAUUUGAAUUGUAUCGCUGGUGCAACAGCUAAGCAAGGAGUAUUUAUCUGGGAUAUUACCAAGAAGAAAAUUAUCAAAAAAUUCACAGAGCAUGGUAAAAACAGUGUGUACAAUGUGAGCUGGAAUCACAAAGACUCCCAAAGAAUAGCAUCUUGUGGUUCUGAUGGUUAUUGUGUUGUAAGGAGGGUGGAUGGCUCACCCAUCAAGAGUUACAAGCAYCCUGGGGCUGUCUAUGGCUGUGACUGGAGUUUAAAUAACAGGGACAUGUUAGCUACUGGUUGUGAGGACAAGAAUGUUAGAGUUUAUUAUUUACCUGCUAGUACAGAUAUGCCUUUGAAGGUUUUCUCAGGACAUACUGCUAAAGUAUUCCAUGUCAAGUGGAGCCCUCUCCGAGAAGGUGUACUGUGCUCAGGAUCAGAUGAUGGAACUAUUAGAGUUUGGGAUUACACACAGGACUUUUGYGUUCUCUUACUGGAAGGGCAUACUGCACCUAUCAGGGGUCUACUAUGGAAUCCAGAAAUCCCAUAUUUAGUUCUGUCAGGCAGUUGGGAUUACACCAUAAGAGUGUGGGAUGCAAGGGAUGGGACAUGCUUAGAUGUAAUCAGAGACCAUGGAGCGGAUGUGUAUGGUUUAACAUGUCAUCGGUAUCGUCCCUUCACCAUUGCAUCAUGCUCCAGGGAUUCUACUCUCAGAAUAUGGUCACUUAGUCAACUAGCCAGUCCAUUACAGAUUGGUGUAUUAGUGCAGUCUCCAUGGUCAGAGAUUAUAAGUCAAUCUCUAGAAGAAGCCAUGGUAGUUCAYGGUCCACCAUUACUAUCAGGGAGAGCAUCACGUGAUCUUAAGGUGGAUAUUGACAAGUCCUUAAACAAUGCUCACCAAACAGCCAUCAAGCUUUUCUCUGACUUUUUCAUGUGGGACAAGGCACUUGCUAUAGCACCUGGUGUAUCCAUGGACUACUGGAAAGAACUAAUAGAGAGACGAGCUGAGCAGUUAGUAAAAGAAGAUGAUGAUGCURCCAUUCCUUACUGUGUUGCAUCAGGAAAUACCAAGCAGCUGGUGUCAUUCUACACAUCCCGAGGUCAGCUCCAUGAUGCAUUCCUUGUAGCUCAGGUUGCAUGUGAGGCAGGAUUUCCUCAUUGGCUGGACAAGAAUGCAAGCAAGUUACCUGAUUUGAAAAGAAAUGAUCAUAUGUUGCCUAAGAUACAGAGUGACAUGGCUAAACAGUACCAGCCCUUAUUACAUUCUACCAGUAAUACUCUAGCAGACUGGUAUUACAGCAAGGGACAGUGUGUAGAGUCUGCAUGCUGUCAUCUAUCUGUAGGGGAUGUCAAGCUUGCCAUGUCUAAACUGGUUCGUGGUAAUGAGCUWGAACUGGCUGUCGGUAUGGGUAUUGUACUACAAGCUACUAAAUACCCUAUCAUGCACYGUGCUUUAGAACUACUCUCUUGGAAGUGUGAGAAACUAAAUAAAUGGAGAGAAGCACURAAUCUUCUGGAUCUUAUACCAAAGAAUGUAGAAUACCUUUUAGCGUUGUGUGCAAAAUGUCAAGGGACUCCAGCUGAAAUCAAUGAACUGCAUGGAAAGGCUGGUUUCCCAAGCCUUGAAGAGUGUUUACAGAAGGCCGAGGAGCUCUGUGAACAAGAGAAAUUCUUUGAUGCCAUGAAAUACUACUUGCUAUCAAGCACCCCUGAACUGGCCUUGGACAUUGGUCUUAACCUUGCUAGAGACGCGAUGGUCAAGCAAUACUGGGGACAAAGACAAGAGCUAGUGGCUCUCAGUACUUAUAUUGGAGCACUACUAGCCAUGAGAAGGCAGUACAAACCUAUUGUUUAUCCUCUCCUGAAGCAAACAAGGCAUCUACUGCAUCGUGACAAGAUCGAGUUAGGAGURCCAUCAUUACAGAUACAAGCUGAGACAGAAGCAUGGCUUGCCUUCAAUCAACCUGCAAACUCGUCGAAUAAACCCACAYCAGAGCAGACUGCAGUAUGGGAAAGAUUGCACAAACGCGCAGGAACGCAACAGAAUGAUCUCGAGUGUGGUUUAGACAUAGCAACAGGGUCUCUUCUACCAUCACAUACCGAUGUACAACAGUGUUAUUUUACUGGYGAAAGAAUCAAGGGUACUGCRUAUGCACUAGAGGAUGGGAAAUCUUUCAUUUCUCUGAACCACGCCCUCAUGUGGGCAAAAGUUUAUCUGAUGUGGCCAGAACUAUUCCACCCAGACCAUGCUGUUAGACGGCCUACUUUACAAGACUAUCAAAUCAGAUUUAAUACUUAG